AUGGCGUUUCGCGUGGCGGUGGCUCCGGGGGGCAGCGCAGCAGCAGCGCUGGCUGCGGUGCGGCGGUGGGGCGUUGCUUCGGGGGUUUUGGAGCUGCUGCUGCUGCAGCAAAACUACGAAAGCAGCAGCAGCAGGAGAAACCGACUUGCUGCUGCUCGGGCUUACCGGGCGAAGCGGGACUACCUGCGCUACGCUGCUGCAGCGAUCGCGCACGCGCGCAAGCACCACUUGUCUCUUCCGCUACCGGAAGAACCAGAAGAGGACCUGCAGCAGCAGCAGCAGCAGCAGCAGCAGCAGCAGCAGCAGCGGCAGCAGCAGCGGCAGACGCGGGCAAGCUUUUAG